AAAACAGUCGUAGAAACUUACUACCUUCCCGUCUAGUACAGAGUUUGGAGGCGAUGCCGUCGACCGGAGUAACUGCUAUGGCGAGCUUCUUCGUCAAUAUCUCGCCUGCUCAACCGUUUGUUCGAACGCCUUUUCUAUCUCUUUCUCCGAAUUAUCCUGCUCUGAAGAUACUCAAGACUAGCGGCUGGUCUCGGCGAGUUCUGAUGCUUCGAGUGAAUUGCUCCACAGAGCCUGAUGCAUCCGAAUCUGAUUCAUCUUCUGAUCCGUCUGAAUCAUCGUCUUCAUUGUUUCCGUCGUCUUCUUCUUCACCUUCAUCAAUGAACACGUCGGCGUACAGUUGGAUUUCGGCAAUUGGAGGAAUUGGUUUGUUGAAUACUGGUUACUUGUCCUACCUAAAGCUCACGGACUCGGAUGCUUUUUGUCCGAUUGGCGGUGGUUCUUGUGGUGAUAUUCUUAACAGUGCAUAUGCUGCUAUUUUCGGUGUUCCCCUUUCGUUAAUUGGGAUGGCUGCUUACGCGUUAGUGGCAAUAAUGGGCUUAGAGUUGGUUGGCACUGGUUUCCUCUUUAAAAUGGAUAAACCUGAUGCUCGGAUAGUAUUGCUUGUACUCACCACUGCCAUGGCUAGUGCCAGCACAUACUUCUUAUACAUACUAGGCACAGAAUUUGCAGGAGUGUCUUGUCCAUAUUGUUUAUUAUCAGCUUUUUUGUCAAUCAGUUUGCUUGUGAUCACCUUAAAGGAUUUGGGACUGCAAGAAAUACAAAAAGUAGUUGGUUUACAAGUGUGCCUUGCUGCAUUGGUUAUUGGCAUUUUAAGCACCUCACAUAGUGCACAGACUUCUUUAAUAAGCUCUGCUGAAAUUAACCUGGAACCAUUUACAACUGAGGUUACAACAGAAUCCAGCCCCCUAUCUAUUGCUCUAGCAAAGCAUCUGCAUAAUAUUGGAGCUAAAGUAUACGGGGCUUUCUGGUGUUCACAUUGCUUGGAGCAAAAAGAGAUGUUUGGACGAGAAGCCUCAAAGCUGUUAGACUUUGUAGAAUGCUUUCCUAAUGGUUAUAAGAAAGGAACGAAAAUAGAGAAGGCCUGUUCAGAGGCUGGAAUUGAAGGAUUUCCCACAUGGGUGAUUAAUGGCGAGGUCUUGAGCGGGGAGCAACAACUGUCAGAGCUUGCUAGAUUAUCUGGUUUUACUUAUGAUGAUUCAAAAAGUAGCCCCCAAUUAGGUCAAUGAUCUUAUGCUCUGUAAGUAUUUCUCCUAUGAUCAAACUAUUAUGAAGAGCCUCCAACAAAGUAUUCUAUUCCUUCCAAUGACCCUUUAUCAUAUAAAAACUGAAUAAUAUAAAAUUAGUCCAUCCACAGUUAAGGACGAGAAGUAUCUUGACUGAUGGCUUUGCUAAUUUUUUUGACCAAAGAAUAUCUUCU